GUUGUUUGCGUACCGCCUAAAACACCAAAAAGGAGAGGAACAUAAAUGAAGAGGAGAAGCUGCAAAAGAACGAGAACAGCAAAUACAUACACACUAUGGCGACAGAAGCGAAACGACAAAAGGUAGCAAAUGAACCCAUUUUACAAAAAAAAUGGAAAGCCAGAGUUGUCAGUGUAAUGAGAUGAGGUUUUAAUUUGUGUUAGUUGCAUUGUUGACAGUCAGCCUCACGUGUUGAUACCUUGCUUCAGCGCACGCUGCCAUGUCUGUGUCUCAAGUGUGCUCAGGGAUUCACAGCAUAGUUACUGAGGUUCUGUCUUGAACACGGUCAUAUAUCAAAUCUCAGAGAACUGUUUGGGAGGUUGUGUCUAAAGUUUUCUUUGAUAUCUCUCUGCUGACAGACAGAUGACAGCCCUGAACUCAGCCCCCUGCAAAACUUUCUACAGUGGUGCCACAAAGUAGGACUGGUGCUCAGCAGUAAGGUUUGUUAUCACGUCUCCCUCUAAAGCAUAUCCUGUCUCUCAGGGUCAGUUUUGGCACCUUUUGUUGUAAGCUGCAGUGAUCCCAGCUGUUGUCCGAGCAUUUUUGUGGAUGUCUCUCCCUCUGUAGGUUUGUGUGAGUAAAGCAGGAACUGCCGCUGAGUAUGGGAUGCUGGCGACAGACGACAUAGAGGGAGGCGAAGUUUUGUUCACCAUCCCUAGAUCGGCUCUUCUUCAUCAGGGAACAGCAAAGGUCUCUGCUUUGCUGGAGAAAGGUGACAGUGCUAACAGAAGAGAUGACUUAAAGCUGACUGCAUCAGGAAAUCUCUUUUAACCUCUCUGUUUCCUCUUUGACCCCUCACAGAGAGCUCAUCUCUGGAGAGCUCAUCUGGUUGGGUCUCCCUGUUGCUGGCUCUGCUGUAUGAGUAUACAGCCCCACAGUCCCACUGGAAACCUUACCUCUCUCUGUGGACCAACUUCAAGACACUGGACCAUCCCAUGUUCUGGUGAGAAGCAGUUUAAACCAGUAUCUAAAGUCCAUCACUUUAAAGGGAAAUUCCAGCAUAAAAUUAAUUUAGGGUUUAAAGUCAGUUAGACACCCCUUCAAGAGAUGAAUGUUGUCGACCGCUUGCUUCUCUAGUUAUACCAGCUUUAGUAACGACUGCAGAUAGCAAUACACAGAGCCAUGCGCUUAACCCAAAAGCCACUCUAUAGCCACAAAUAAUGCUCAGAACAGCACCUAACUUCAUCAACAGUACAUAUAGGGUUCCAGCCAUAGUACUAGCCAUCAAACAUCUUUUUAGCUUUGCCUGGUUUCUUUAGCAAAGAGACCAAAUACAACUCACCUACUCUGUUCCAGCAGCCGCUUGUUUGUGAGGGAGCCCUGACGGGUACGGAGACCUCCAGGCGAAUCCAUCAACUGCAUAGGGGGGGAAGCAGCUCAAGAAAGAACAUUUAUGAUUAUUACGUCAUGGAAAUGCAAUCAGACCGAGACGCUAAGGCAGAAGAACUACCACGUCUGCAGUGCAAAAUGAUUACCAUGAUGAUUUUUACUUCAGGGAAAUGAUUAAGUAAUGAUCAUAAAUGUUCUUCCUUGAGCUACAUCCCCCCCAGCUAAAAAGAUGUUCGAUGGCUAGUACUAUGGCUGGGACCCUAUAUGUACUGUUGAUGAAGUUAGGUGCUGUUCUGAGCAUUAUUUGUGGCUAUAGAGUGGCUUUUUGUGCAUGGCUCUCUAUAAUGCUAAUCUGCGGCCGUUACUGAAGUUGGUAUAACUAGAGAAGCAAGCAGUCGGCAACAUUCAUCUCUCGACAGGGUGUCUGACUUGGUGUUACAGUGUGUUUGACCCUAACAUAAUUUUAUGCUAGAAUAUCCCUUUAAUAUGGUAAUGUGGAAACUGUAAUGUGGCAAUUCCACUUUUCUUCAUAAUAACAACAGUCCCUGUGUUAGGUCUAAAGAGGAGAGAGACAGGCUGUUGAGGGGGACAGGAGUCCCUGAGGCUGUGGACACAGACUUGGCUAACAUCCAGAGGGAAUACAAAGAUGUGGUCCUUCCCUUCAUCAAUAAGCACCCUGACCUGUGGAACCCAAACACACACACACUGGAGCUGUACACACAGCUGGUGGCCUUUGUGAUGGCCUACAGGUUAGUCAGCCCACGACAGAAUACACUCCUGUACAUAAACUGUUGUACUCGAAAUUGACCUUUGUGUUCACGGUCCCUUCCCGGUCCUCUUCUCUGUAGUUUCCAAGAGCCUCAGGAGGAAGAGGACGAUGAGGAGGAUGAAGAUGAGGAGGAGGAGAAGGACCCCAACCCUCCCAUGAUGGUUCCAAUGGCUGACAUGCUUAACCAUGUAUCCAAUCACAAUGCUAAUCUGGAGUUUACACCUGUAAGCAGCAGACACAGCCAGUCCUCAUACUGAUGGAUGAAAUGUUAAGAUUCAGACUCUGUUGUUUGUGUGGAUUCACUGUCAGCUGUCACUGUUACCUCCUUUGUGUGGUCACCUGUUAUUUCACGUUUUACCACUCCUCCUCUUAUUUCCUUUUCUCCACCUGUUUCUCAGGACAGUUUGAAGAUGGUGUGUGUGCGCCCAAUUCACAAAGGCGAGGAGGUUUUUAACACCUAUGGGCAGAUAGCCAACUGGCAGCUGCUUCACAUGUACGGCUUCACAGAGCCAUAUCAAAGCAACAGCAAUGACAAAGCUGAAAUCCCCAUCACCAACUUCUAUUCUGUGAUCAUACAAGGUGAUUACUGACACACCCCAGUGUCCUGUGAUUGUUGUUAUUUAUGUUAUUUCAUUGACUGUUUGCAGCAGCUGGACAUGGAUGGAUAUCUGCCUUUUGUUAGCCUGCUACAAAAGAAACAGUAAUUUAAGACACAGAUACACAGGAGAGACUGGCUUUUUUGGGUUGAAGCCGGCUCAAAUCAGUCAUGUCCACAUUUGUUUACGUGUAAGGCUCAAUGUAGAGAUUAGGUUUAGACCAUCAUUUUAUCCCUUUUUUAAAAUAAGUUUAAAAAGCCCCAAAACAUUACUGUUGUCUACAUAAUGGAUCCAUCCUAUUCCCCAAUCAGAGAUACAUUUUUGCUGACUUCAAUAUAUCUUUCUUUUUUUCCUUUCUUUUUUUCUUUUCUUACCUUUCUUUCACAAUUUUCCUGCUUCCUGUUUAACCCCUCCUCUUCUCUCCAGGUACUCAGUCUGAUUCUGACCAGCAGUUGCUGAAGGACAAAUGUGAAAUGUUGUGUCAGCUGAUGCCCGAGAACACAGCGCUUGUCUUCAGCAAACAGGGCUGCCUUACAGACACAGAGCUCCAUACAGCACUCAAGGUGAGGGAAGACCUGACAGUGAUGUUUAGAAUAGACGUCUUUGUUUGAACACUGAAUAAAACGCGCAGACACAUCUAAACUCUCUUUUUACAUGAACAUUUUAGAGCGUUUUUUGUGUACUUUCAGGUGCUGUGUAUGUCAAGAGAGGAGUUCUCAGAGUUCAAAGACAACGAUGGAUGGGAGGAUGUUGAAGAGGAUGAGGAGAAGAUUUCCCUCCUUUACACGAAUGAGGGUCUCCCUGGAUUAAAAGCCGCAUGGAAACGGUUGAUUCAUGAAGCAGCUCGUCUGACUGUGAAGUCCUACAUGGAAGAGGGUGAAACAGAGGGAGAGUAUGUGGACAAAGACCAGGUGCUGAUAGAGGACCAGGUAGCACUGGCAAAGCUGAGCAGGAGGGAGCAAAAUGCACUGCAGGUGCGCUGUGGACAGAAGAGCAUCCUGUAUAAACUGAUGGAGCUCACCAAGUCAUGAGUUCAGUUGCAGCAGCUGCUCUCAGGGCCACAGGAAGAUUUGUUUUUAUCAUGUCAGGGGUGAAAUGGAAACUAUCUCAGAAUACAGUCUAACUGAUUACCAAGUCAUUAUUUUUUAUCACUGUCAACAAUAAACACUGUCAGUGUCGGUGUA